GCGGAUGUUGGAGCUGUAAGGCGCCUGGCGGUCGGCGGCUGCAGCUCUGAGGGAGGAGGAAGCCGGGGCUCAUCUUCUCUCCGCUGCCGCCAUGAUUCCAGUGUCGCUGGUGGUGGUGGUGGUGGGCGGCUGGACUGCCGUCUACCUGACCGACUUGGUGCUGAAGUCAUCUGUCUAUUUUAAACAUUCUUAUGAAGACUGGCUGGAAAACAAUGGAUUGAGCAUCUCCCCUUUUCACAUAAGAUGGCAAACUGCAGUUUUCAAUCGUGCCUUUUAUAGUUGGGGACGGCGGAAAGCAAGGAUGCUUUACCAGUGGUUCAAUUUUGGAAUGGUCUUUGGUGUAAUUGCCAUGUUUAGCUCUUUUUUUCUUCUUGGAAAAACAUUGAUGCAGACUUUGGCACAGAUGAUGGCUGACUCUCCCUCUUCUUCUUCCUCUUCUUCUUCCUCCUCCUCUUCCUCUUCUUCUUCUUCCUCUUCUUCCUCCUCUUCCUCCUCUUCCUCUGCUCUUCACAAUGAACAGGUGUUACAAGUUGUGGUUCCUGGAAUAAAUUUACCUGUCAAUCAACUGACCUAUUUCUUCGCUGCAGUUCUCAUUAGCGGUGUUGUACAUGAAAUUGGACAUGGAAUAGCAGCUAUUAGGGAACAAGUUCGAUUUAAUGGCUUUGGGAUUUUUCUCUUCAUAAUUUAUCCUGGAGCAUUUGUGGAUCUGUUCACUACCCAUCUGCAACUUAUAUCACCAGUUCAGCAGCUAAGGAUAUUUUGUGCAGGUAUCUGGCAUAAUUUUGUUCUUGCCCUCUUGGGUAUUUUAGCUCUUGUUCUACUCCCGGUAAUUCUCUUGCCAUUUUACUACACUGGAGUUGGGGUGCUUAUCACUGAAGUUGCUGAGGACUCUCCUGCCAUUGGACCCAGAGGCCUUUUUGUGGGAGACCUUGUCACUCAUCUACAGGACUGUCCUGUUACUAAUGUGCAAGAUUGGAAUGAAUGUCUAGAUACUAUCGCCUAUGAACCCCAAAUUGGUUAUUGUAUAAGUGCCUCAACUUUACAACAGUUAAGCUUCCCAGUUAGAGCAUACAAACGGCUAGAUGGUUCCACUGAAUGCUGUAACAAUCACAGCCUCACAGAUGUGUGCUUUUCCUACAGAAAUAAUUUUAAUAAACGUUUGCAUACAUGUCUACCCGCCCGGAAAGCAGUUGAAGCCACUCAAGUUUGUAGAACCAAUAAAGAUUGUAAAAAAAGCUCAAGUUCGAGUUUCUGUAUAAUACCUUCUUUGGAAACUCACACUCGCUUAAUAAAAGUAAAACACCCACCUCAAAUUGAUAUGUUAUACGUAGGACAUCCACUACAUCUUCACUAUACAGUGAGCAUCACCAGUUUUAUCCCACGUUUCAACUUUUUAAGCAUAGAUCUGCCAGUGAUUGUGGAGACAUUUGUUAAGUAUCUGAUUUCCCUCUCCGGAGCACUGGCUAUUGUUAAUGCAGUGCCCUGCUUUGCUUUGGAUGGUCAGUGGAUUUUAAACUCUUUCCUGGAUGCCACCCUUACUUCAGUGAUUGGAGACAACGAUGUCAAAGAUCUGGUAGGAUUUAUCAUCCUACUUGGUGGCAGUGUACUUUUGGCUGCCAAUGUGACGCUAGGACUCUGGAUGGUUACAGCACGGUAAUAUUUGCAUUCAUCUGACAAGUCUCUGAGUUACAAUAUACAUCUACGUGGUAAUGUCCAUUGCCAUUGAAAUCAUUACUUGGUAUGAAAUGUAAAGUGUUUCCUUAAAAUUACAUUUUGGCCUACAUCUUUAUGCUCCUCCUGUAUCCAGAGUACCCAAACUAGUGGUAGAGGAUGAGCAAAAGAAAUGAAAGGCAUAAAUCCCUAACUACAUUCUAGUUUUAUUUUAUUUUUUUUUUAAUUUUUUAUUGUUGGUUACAUUCUAGUUUUAAAGACUGAAUGUAUGCAUUUCACAUGCUUGUGGAACAAUUUUUAAACAAGUGAAAAUUCAUUCUUUUAAUAUCAUUUUGUGUGACCACAUACUGUCUUGAAAUAGUAUAAAGGAGAACAGAAUCAGGUGGAAGUAAUUAGGAAAAACUUAAAAGCACCAUUAAUCUAGAUUUAAGGAAGACCAGACUUUGGCCAAGUGGAAGGGUGAAUGUGUUGUUGGUCUACAUCACUUGUCAUUUUUCUUGAAAAGUAUUUUAUAGUUUAUUGGUGUAUUAUUUUGUACUUUGAAAACUGUGAGAAGUCUGAUUUUAAUUAAAUUAAUAAACUUCUAAAAAAAGAAUUUGCUUACAUGAAAGGGAAAAUCUUUGUCAAAUGAUAGCAAAUAAAACCAAAAUCGGAAACAGGGCCAAUGAUAUGAGAUGGCUUUGUCCCACAAGCAUUAUAUUCAUUGAUGAUGUAUCUCCACAUCAUGAAGAAGCACUAACCUUUGAUAUUCAGAGCCAGCUGCAUGAAGUGUCUCACACCAGCAGCUUGUGAGCUGAGGCAGUUAGGACCAAACCUCAGAAGUCAACUGGGUCCUCUGACAGAUCACAAGACGAACCCAGGAUCUUCAGUAGACCUGGUUACCAUUCUCUUAUAGAGGUUUGAAGCUUAGAGCUCUUCCAGGGUAGACAUUUUCUCUUGUGCUACCAAGGCCAUCUGGGGCCUAUCUUUAAAAAGCAACAACUUUAAACCCUGAGCCAUACUCUGUCCUCACCAGCGGCUCCCAUGUUUCUCUGUGUUGGGUAGUUAAACACCUAGUCCUUGCUUUCUAUCUCCCCUAAGCUACCUCUGCGGGUCCAUAGAAGACUUGGUAGUAUAUUGAGAAUGGCUGCAUGUGAAAGGGGACAAAUUUGGAUUUGCCAGAGCCUAGGAACAGACUCUUGAAUCUGAAAGAGCCAUACCUGGUUUAAGGUCUUAUGGAAUGAAGAUGCAGCACUGGGAAGUUUGGGAAGUCAACAGGCCAUCGUGAAGCAGUUGGUCUUUGAAGUGUUAUGAGCAUGCUGGUUCUUUGAUGAAAAAUAUACACUUCUCUCAUACACUCAAGAAGUGAUAAAAGGCAAUAACUUAUUAAUAGCCAUGUAUCCAACUUCUUCACUAAGUGAGGUACUCUAUGGAUUACCUUUGUCAGAUCAUUAGUUGCUCUUUCAGCACUAAAACUUUUAAAUCAUU